AUGCAGGAGCUCCACGGGGGGGCCGGCGCGGGGGGAGAGGUCGGGGGAGCGCUUGCCGGCGCGGCAGCGGUGACUGCGGCGGGGGUGGCGGUGGGGGAGGCGAUCUCGACGCCUGUGGGAGAGGUAGUGAGUGAUGUGAUUGGAGGAGGGUUUUUCAGCGGACUGCUGGGGGAGGGUAUGUUCGAGGGUAUGUUUGGUUCAGGUGCCGCUGGUUAUCCUCUUUUUGGGAGUCUCGAUACGAGUGUGGAGUUUGCGAUUCGGUUUCUGUUUGCGACGAUUGGGCUGGGCGGGUUUGCGCUGGCGAGACACGUGGCGAGGAUGCACCACGAGAGGACACACCAAAAGGAGGCAACCUGGGGCGAGAAGGUGCUCGGAAACUUCCGAAAUUCGUGGGAUGCGGCGUGGGACCUGUGGGGUAACACGGGAUUGAGCAACCCCAUGACGGCUUUACUGGGGGAGGCCGCAACUGACGGCGGGGAGAGUGACAGCAGGGGCAGCAGCAACGGCCGGGGAAAAACAGAGUCGGAGGAACAGAAAGGGAAGAAGAAGGGGAAGAAGAACGGGAAGAAGGACGGGGGAAAGGAGGGGCUAGCGGCGGGGGUGUGGGAGUCGAUGGUAGGGGGGAGCAAGAAGGAGCAACGGGAGCGGGCGGCGAUGGUGGUGGGGGGCGUGGAGCUGGGCGUGUGGAUGUUCGUGACGUAUGCUGGGCAGGCCAUUGGGCUCGAAACCACCUCCGCGGACGACGCUGCUCUCAUCCUCACCGUCUCGGUGGUGCUGGUUCCAUUCCUGGAGGCCCUCUCAGGCACGCCCAUCAACCGCAGCGUGUGGAUCGCCACACUCCUCGCAUGCACCGGCAUGGUGAUGCUGGAAGGCGGGGAGACCAUCACUGCUGUUGCAGUAGCAGCCACGCCUGCUGACGUCAUCGCCAGCUCAGCAUCAGCUUCCGCCAAUGUCAUCGCUGACACGGCAGCAGCAGCGCUGGCGUCGGUGCCGGUGCAUUGGAGCCUGCCUGUGGGCCACGUGUGGUGCCUCAUUGGCGCUGUGGGUUCUGCCAUCCACGUGGUCCGCUCGGAGGUUCUAUGCGCGCGCUACGACCCGCUCAUCCUUGUAAUCCUGCAGCUGGGCACCACGGCAGCUAUCGGCGUGGUGUGGGUGCUGCUCACGCUGGCAGGCAUCACGCUCACAGCAGGGGGGAGUGCAGUGGCGGGGGCGGACGGCAGUGGGGCAGCAGUAGCAUGGAGCCAGCUGCUGGCCGUGGCUGCUGCUGCUCCCAUCGGCAUGGCGCUGCUGGCUGGGCCGUUCGGAACAGGGAUGUGUGAGUGGCUUGAAUUAGAAGCACUGCGGUUCGUGCGAGCAUCCACAGCCACGCUCAUUCUCACCAUGAGCCCCCUCUGGGGCAGCCUCCUGGCCUUCUUUCUGCUAGGAGAAACACUUAGCACGUCCACUGCUGCGGGCGCCAUUCUUAUUCUACUUGCCAGCCUAGAGGUGCAGCUCUUAGCACCACAUGCGGAUGGGGAGGACGAGGAGGGCGAGGGGUAUGAACAGUAUGUGGAGGAAGGGAGGGGUGGAUGGUUAGGGUUUGGCAAAAAAUGGUGA